AUAUUAUCUCUACAGUUCCAUGAGAGUAAAGCAAAUUUUAGCCACUCAUGCUCAAAUCAUCCACAUAUAUAUAUAUAUAUGAAAUGCCAAUCCCUCAACUCAAAUAGCCUCCAUGCAUGAAGGAUUCAAAGCAAAGCAAGGGAAAACAAAGACCUAAGUUAAAUUUCUACCACCAUGAUUGUAUACAAUUGGGUAUGCAGUUUCAGAUGGUACGAGGUAUGUUUGGCAGUGGGCAGUUAUCUGUUGAUCCACUUUUGGCGGCAGAGAAACAGAAAAGGAGCUGCUAUAUGUUGGCCUCUGGUAGGAAUGUUGCCGUCUCUUGUCGUGAAUUUGGAGCGCCUGUACGAGUGGCUAACAGAAAUUCUCAAAGCAAAGGAAGGCACCUGUGUUUUCAGGGGACCAUGGUUAUGCGGCAUGCAGAGCGUUCUUACAUGUGACCCUAGGAAUAUAGAAUACGCCCUCAAGAUCAAUUUUCCCAACUAUCCCAAAGGCCAGGAAUUUCACAGGCUCUUUGAAGAUCUUCUCGGCGACGGAAUCUUUAACGCCGAUUCCGAAUCUUGGCUGCUGCAGAGGAAAAUCGCCAGUCUGCAAUUCACUUCGCAGGCUUUCCGUCAAUUCACGGCAAAUACAGUCCAAGACAUGGUGGAAAAUCGGCUCGUCCCGCUCCUUGCCGACGUGGCAGAUAGAAGCGCCUCCGUGGACUUACAGGACGUGUUCCUGCGCUACACGUUUGAUAACACGUGUACUGCAGUGUUUGGAAAAAAUCCAGGCUGUCUGGCCCCUGAGUUACCGGCGAUCCCCUUCGCAACGGCCUUCGAUGACAGCGUGGAGGCCACCAUGUUCCGCCACGUCAUGCCGAGGAUCUGCUGGCAGGUUUCCCGGCUCCUCAAUAUCGGCAAGGAACGCCAGUUUUUACGUGCACUGAAACCGCUCAGAGAGUUCGUCGACGAUCUGAUUGCCUUCAAGAAGGCAGCCAUUGCCGCCGCCGGAGAAAUGCAAGACCAAGACCUGCUCUCGUCUUUCAUGCGCAACAACGACGGCGGCGAUGGCGGUGGCGGCGCCGCCGGCGCUAGUUUCUCCGACAAGUUUUUCCGGGACACCGUCAUGAAUUUCGUGAUCGCCGGCCGGGAUACUUCCGCCGUGGCGCUGACGUGGUUCUUCUGGUGCCUGUCCCAGCACCCCCACGUGGAAGACAAUAUUCUGGCGGAGCUUGACGAAGUCCGGCAACGGAGCAAGGAUUGCGGCGGCGCGGCGGCGGAGCAACGGUUGCAGUGUAGUGGCGGCAGUGCGGCACAACGGUUUUUGACAGGAAAGGAGUUGCAAGAAUGCGUGUAUUUGCAGGCGGCGCUAAUGGAGACGCUGCGGCUUUACCCAUCGGUGCCCGUUGAUCACAAGGGAGUCUUGGCCGAGGACAUUCUUCCCGACGGCACUUGCAUUCGGCCCGGCAUGAGGUUUAUGUACAGUAUUUACUCGCUGGGUCGUAUGGAGAGCAUAUGGGGGCCAGAUUGCUUGGAGUUUAAGCCGGAGAGAUGGAUUUGUGUUGGGGAAGAUGGGCGGCUGCGAAUUAAAUAUGAGUCCAUGUAUAAAUUCUUGGCUUUCAACGCGGGGCCUAGGGUUUGUUUGGGGAAGGAAAUGGCUUACAUGCAGAUGAAAUGCGCCGCCGCCGCUAUCAUUAGCAGGUUCCGUGUUCGAGUCGCGGCGAAUCAUAGGGCGACGCAUAAGCUUUCGAUCAUUCUCACUAUGAAAAAUGGGCUUCCGGUCACCGUGACAAGACGUGAGUUGGGUUUGUGAUUGGUAAUGAGAAUUUCCGAAUUUUAGUAAUGGUGGCUUGGAACUUGGGUUGGAUCACUUUGCACGCUGUAUUGAGAUAUUUGCUUUCAUUUAUCAAUAAUGAUGGAGAUUUCUUGUUUUC